GCUGCUGGGCAAAGAAAAAAAAGAAAGAAACACCGGAAUGAGGAAAUUGGCCAUCGGCAAAACAAAGUUGAUCACUGCUGAUAACCGUACAACCUGAUGAACCGCGGGUCAGUCAACCCGAAUCGUUCAGGCGAGAUCACGGCUGCUCCUCUCGCAUCUUCUCCACAUGCUCUAUCCAGCCACCCCGCGUCCAGUGAUGUCCCUCCUGCUCCUCACGGUGCUCUCCUCACUCCUGCUGCAUGAUGCUGAGGCGUGGAGCGCCGGCGUGAAGUAUGCGGUGAACUGCCCGGACAGAUGCAGAGCGGAUCGCUGCGGCGACCCGCGGGGCUGUACGCGGACCGUCCUGGACGACUGCGGCUGCUGCCAGGUCUGCGCGGCCGGCAGAAACGAGCACUGUUACCGCACGGUGUCGGGGAUGCACGGCGUCAAGUGCGGACCGGGGCUGUUCUGCGAGUUCUACAAGGAUGAGGACGAUUAUGGAGACGAAUACGGGAUGUGCAAAGACUGCCCAUAUGGGACCUAUGGGGUUGAGUGCCGCCAGACCUGCGGCUGCAAAGGAGGCAUUUGUGACAGGGAAACUGGAGCUUGUCUUACCCUCACAUUCUUCGCCAAAAUUGCCAGCAAGCUCAAAACUGGACCACAAACAGGGUCUGAAGUGGGAUCAGUACAAGCCGUUGCACAGAGCACAGACAGAUCCACUGCUCCAAAAAGACUGAACCCUCGCUGACAAAAAGAGAAACAACCCUUCAAAUGUUCAGUCCACAUGUAGCAUUAAUUUAUGAAUAAACCAAAAUGUAUGUUUUAACUAAAAACUUUUUGACCAGCAUUUGAACGCUUGUUAGAUUUUUUUUUCAUCUUUUCUUUACAUAUGGAGUGUUAUCUCUGCUCUUUAAUUAUUGCUUUUAUUUUAUUUUAUUUGUUCCAUUAUAAGGUUUGAUAAAGCCUGUUAUAAUAUUAAAUUAAAUCAAAAUGCACAUUACAGUUCCUUAUAUUGCAUAGUGGCUCGAAGUCGUCAGAAUGAAUAUAAAACAUUUACAAAGCCAAAUUUCAUGACACCAAUAAAAUGUACAGAAUUGUUAAAGCAGGCUGCAAUACUAUAACUAACAACUUGAUAGUGGAAAUGUCCCAAAAUUUCCAGGAUUACUAGAUUUCCAUGUUGCAGAUGUAACAUUAAGGUCAAAAACAAUAUGCCUCCAACUCAGAAAAGCUAAACAUGACCUUAGAUGAAGUAUAAAGUCCAUAAAAGCAAAAUUGUUAGAAAUGUUUAUAGGAGUUUUACAUGACUUAUUUUGUAGAAUUAAAACUCUCUUCAGAGAUUUAAAUUAAAAA